UACAGUUGUUUAAUGUUGAUCCAAUAUACUAUACUUUUGAUAUUAAGGUUUUAUAGUUUUUAAAAAAUACGAUGACAUCGCAAACAUAUUUUAAAACAGACCGUUGUAAAGUCUGGAAACAUUUUGGCAAAAAUGAGGAACAAGUUAAUGCAGAAGUAAAUAUUAUAAAACAAUGGUUUCAAACUCAGAAGCAUUUUCCGGAAACUCCAAAUGAUGUUAUGAUCCAAUAUUACCUCACGAUAUGUCACUUCAGUAUAGAAAGAACGAAACAAUGUUUGGAUAUGUAUUACUCCAUUAGAACACUUUUCCCAGAAUAUUUCAAACUAAUAAAUCCUUCGUCGCACCACAUGACUGCAACUUAUAAGACAGUUACCAUAUGCCCACUACCGUCUCUAACAGAAAAUCUUGAACGAAUAUUCUUCGUAAAAUUUCAUGACCAGAAUUCUGAAAUGUUUAAUAUGAAUAAAAUAAUAGCGGCAGCAUGUGUUCUUCCACACGAAGUUCGAUUAUUUGAGGAUCUGUCGGUGAAGGUCAAAGUUGUUGUCGAUUUGAUAGAUAUAAAACUUGGUUAUAUGCCUAAAUUAACACCAAAAGAUUUUCGAAAUAUGGGAUUCCUACUUGAGGAGCUGUGGAAUAGGCAACUUAAGGAAAUUCACUGUUUCAAUAUGCCCAAAUAUGCUGAGAAAUUAAUUUAUCUCUCCAGAGCAUUUUUAAACAAGGAGUUACGUGAAAAAAUUUUUGUACACAAUUCCUUAGAAGACCUUUACAAAGUUAUUCCAAAGGAAAUAUUGCCAAAAAAUUAUGGAGGUGAAGAAAAAGAAUUGGAAGAACUCAACAAUGAAUGGUUAAAUAAACUUAAAGAAUAUGGAGACCGAUUUGAAAAACUUGAAUAUCUUAGAAUUGAUAAUUCACUUAGAAUACCGUAUGGCCUUAAUUGUGAUAUACUGGGAUAUUAUGGAAAUUACAUGAAAACAGAUGGCAACUAAAACUAUUUUCAGAUUUCUUUGAUUAAAAAGAAAUAUUAUUAUGUAUAUAAGUUAUUGGUGUAUCUAUAUAUAAGAUAUUAUUUUUUAGUAAAUUA